AUGGCUACCAUUCCAACUACCAUCCGAUCCAUCGACCUCGCUUUUGGAAUCGACAGAAUUCUCGGGCUUUCGACUGAAUACAACCUCCCACUUCCAAACACUUCUGAAAAGAAAUCGUCGAGAUCUCGCAAGCGAACCGUUUUCAGCAAGUUCCAACUCGAGCAGCUCGAAAUCGCAUUCAACAAAUGCCAAUAUCUUGUUGGUCAAGAACGACACAAUCUCGCCAGUCAGCUCGGCCUUGAAAUCAACACCGUCAAAGUUUGGUUCCAGAACCGACGAAUCCGACUUCGAAAAGCCAGCCCAAAUACUAAAGCCAAUUCUGUUGGCAGCGCUUCUGACUCUGAGUAA